AUGACUCUUGCCGACGACGGAAAUCGCAAAAAGGACGAUCUUGGAACUAAGGCAAGAAAAAAAUACAGAGAAGAGGAGGAGCACAGUAACAACUUUUCAGCCCUGUGCGCUUGCCGGCUGGUGGCAACGGCGGCACCGCUGGAGCUGGGGUUCGGGAGGGUGGUGGCGGCGGCGGCGACAGGCUUUCGCCCCGAGUCGCCCGAGGAAGGUGACGUGGCGGACCUGAGAUCUUCUCCCAGACACUGCCGGCUGAUCUGCGAAUCUGAGCUCAACAAACCCAGCUUCCAAUCUCCUCCGACGACGACCCUUUUCAUCCACAUUCCACUCCACCUCCCCAACGGCAACACCAUCCGGAACUUCACCAACAUUAGAGACCCCGGCGACGGCUCCAGCGGCGGCAGUUCCAGCGGCAGCGGUAGCAGCUCCAGCGGCGGCAGCAGGAGCUUCAUCGGCGAUAGAGGUCCCACCAACGGCUUCAGCACCUGUAGCUCCGCCAGCAAUUCCGCCAACCAUGAUGAGCUUCAUCCCGGAGAAUGGAAACAGCAUCUCUUCUGCGCCUCCCCGGCGAUAUACUGCAACAUCCUGGACCCCGACAACAUUGAUCCGAACGCAGAGUGGAACACGAGAGAAGAGAAGCCAUGGUGGCGACCCCCCGAUGACUGUGGCAGCUGGCUGCUGUACCUGUCCCUGGCAGCGAAAUGCGGUGGGGACCAGCCGUACCGCCUCGCCGGCUUCCUGGCGGUCUGCGCCGCCGCAUGCGUCGUCACCUGCCUCCUCCACUGGUGCUUCCCGGGAGGCCCCGCGUGGGGGAGGUGGCGGUGGACGCGGCGCGCCGGUGGCGCGGCGGGCAUCCCGGGGCCUAGGGGCCUGCCGGUGAUCGGGAGCAUGUGGCUCAUGACGGGGCUCACGCACCGCAAGCUCGCGGCGGCGGCGGACCGCCUGCGCGCCAGACGGCUGAUGGCGUUCUCUCUCGGCGAGACCCGGAUGGUGGUGGCCGCGCACCCGGAGGUGGCCCGUGAGAUCCUCAACAGCCCGGCGUUCGCGGACCGGCCCGUCAAGGAGUCCGCGUACGGGCUCCUGUUCCACCGCGCCAUCGGGUUCGCGCCCCACGGCACCUACUGGCGCGCGCUCCGCCGCGUGGCGUCCACGCACCUCUUCUCCCCGUGGCAGGUCGCGGCCUCCGGCGCGCAGCGCGCGGUAAUCGCGCGCCAGAUGGUCGGCGCCAUCAAGGGCCUGUCGGACGCCGGCCGCGGCGGCGACGUCGAGGUCCGCCGCGUCCUCCGCCGUGGGUCCCUGCACAACGUGAUGUGGUCGGUGUUCGGCCAGCGGUACGACCUGGAGCUGGACCCCGCCAAGGAGAGCCCGGAGACGCGGGAGCUGAGGGCCCUCGUGGACGAAGGCUACGACCUGCUGGGCCAGCUCAACUGGUCCGACCACCUCCCCUGGCUCGCGCGCUUCGACCUGCAGGGCACCCGGGCUAGGUGCGACCGCCUCGUCCCGCGCGUGAACCGCUUCGUCGGCGGCAUCAUCGACGAGCACCGCGCCCGGAACGACCUCAGCUCCGCCCCACCCGCCGUCGUGGACUUCACCGACGUCCUCCUCUCGCUGCAAGGCGACGACAGGCUCGCCGACUCGGACAUGAUCGCCGUCCUCUGGGAAAUGGUGUUCCGUGGAACUGAUACCGUUGCCGUGCUGAUCGAGUGGGUUCUAGCCCGGCUGGUGAUGCACCCUGACGUGCAGGCGCGUGUCCACGACGAGCUGGACUGUGUGGUCGGCCGAGACCGCGCCGUGACCGAGUCCGACUCGGCGUCACUGGUUUACCUGCACGCCGUGAUCAAGGAGGUGCUCAGGCUCCACCCGCCGGGCCCGCUGCUGUCGUGGGCCCGCCUCGCCACGUCGGACGUGCACGUGGAUGGGCACCUCAUCCCCGCCGGCACCACCGCCAUGGUGAACAUGUGGGCCAUAACGCAUGACCCCGACGUGUGGGCCAAGCCGACGGAGUUCCAGCCAGAGAGGUUCGUUGGGUCAAACGAGUUCUCCAUAAUGGGUUCGGACCUCAGGCUGGCGCCGUUCGGGGCUGGCCGGCGCAGCUGCCCCGGGAAGAGCCUCGCCAUGGCCACCGUGGCGUUCUGGCUCGCCGCGCUGCUGCACGAGUUCGAGCUGCUGCCAUCGCUGGACCCGGCACGCGGCGUCGACCUGUCGGAAGUGCUCAAGCUGUCGUGCGAGAUGGCCGCUCCGCUGGCGGUGACGGCGAGGCCCCGGCAAGCGGUAUGAUGACGUGUGACGGCUGCGACGACGGUCGUCAUCAUCAGUCAGUCAGUGGGGUGGGGUCGGGGGGGGGGGUCGGCAUAUGCUUACUGCUGGCGCUACUAGUGGUACAUGUAAAAGCGUUGCUGCUUUUGGGAGACGUUGCUACCGGUCAGCUUGCAAGCAGCAAGUUGCUGCUACUACUCGAUGGACAUGGGUAUAUGCUUUUCAUGUUACCAUCUCUGAUAGAUGCAUCGGCCAGGUGCCGAAUGUGAUAUUUUGGCUUGUACCGUUAGCUACUCUUUUGUUUUCACUCUUUUCUUGCUUUUUUAUAAUGUGCGUGUGUGGGUGAAGAUUGUAAAAUGUAUAUGCUGGUUUGGGUGAUUAUGGAUUGUAGUUCACAUAUUAGUAUUACAUCUGGUGAGUCAUUUUGUUCAA